AUGUCUUUUCGAGGCGAUGGCCAGCGCCGCUACGGCCAUGUGCCCCCAGUGCAAUAUCCUGUAGCCGACCAGGCCCAGGACCAGUCCUCCUACCCGGCGCGGCGACCUAGCUUCAACAACGGCGACGAUUCCUCCUUCUUCGACCAAGGUCAGGACCAAGCGACUCCCCAGGGCUACCCAGACGCGAGCGCUCCAUCCGUUAGGGGCCGAGAUGAGCUCUUCCUCACCAGCCCAACCGACCCCUCUGUGAACCGACCGAGCUAUGGCUCCGCCAACAGCGCCAUGUCAGGCUUCCAACACCAGUUCCAGGCGGCCGCACCGCCGACCCCCUCCCACUCGACCUACAACCCUCAACACUUUGCGCGAUCGCAAUCCACGUCGCUGCCUUAUCAUCCUCAGCCCCCUGUUCAGCGUUAUAGCUCGACCAGUGCCGGGUCCAAUACCGCUGCCUCGCCGACCAACUACACGCCAGCAGCGUACAACCCCGCGGCUUACGCCACUGCCACAAGCCCCCAGCGCGCACCCACCCAGCAUGGCUACAACAACAACAACUACAACCAAGGCUACACCUCUCCGACCAUUCCCCAGGCCCCGACCUACGGCAUGUCACCUGCCUCUACCUACAACCAGUCCUUCCCCCAGAGCGCUCAGGCGUCAGCUCGCCAUGAUCAACCAUUGCCAAGCCCUGGCUUCAGCUCGAAUGCAUCGACCACGUCACAAACGCCAUCCUAUGAUCCCUCCUACACCCAGUCAUACGGGCAACAACUACGUCGUUUUUCGUCAAACGCAUCCACGAACCCGAGGGAUAACGCCUCAUCUACGUUCGACUACGACGACGAUGACGACGACCCUGAAGGCACUGCCGGUGUAUUAGCCAUGCAGCAAGCGGAGAUGGACGACCGCAGAUUCAGCACCGCAGCAGGAGGGCCCGGUCCGUACCCGUACACCGAGCCAGUUCCUGUCAGUGCUGUCAGCACGAUGAACACCCUCCCACCGCCUGCGGAAGAACAAAGCAGUGAUACCGACUAUGGUGGAAUGGAUCUUGGCUUGUUCAGCGGUGGAUAUGCCGGUAAUCUUGCGUAUGGAAACAGCGUUGCUUCUCCGCCUGCAGACCAGGAUGAAAAUACCCAGAGGCCGCUGCCAGACCCGACGACCUAUCCUCAGCCCUCUUAUGAUGCCUACGAGGGCGCACCGGCUUUCAAAGACGCUGUCGUGGAUUAUGGUGACACUGGCGGCUUGCAGCCGCCCACCGCUCACCGACUAAGCUUUGACGAAGGCGAUGAGCGUGUAUCCCUGCAUUCUAGACAGAGCACCAACGACUCGCCCAACAAAGAGGAAUAUCCUGACAUUUUCUAUCAUCCUGGUCUCACGAAUCGACCGCUGCCAGCUCUUCCUCCGGCCCCAAGUAGCGACAGCGGUUCUAUGCUCUCCCCCCAAGGAUCGGUCAGCCACCGACAUUCUCAUGGGCAUUCACUCAGCGUCGAUUCACGCCACAUGUACCCGCCAGAAGGGCCCGAGGCUUACUAUGGAGCUUCAGGCUCGGCAUCUCCCUAUCCGGAACGGUCCAUCUCCUUAUCGAGCCAUAGCAACACACCUCAGGUUCAUGCUCCCGCGCGCUCGCGCACUGAUGCGGCCGAGGAGCGGCGCAAGUUGGUCAAGCAGAUGACGCAGCAGCAGCAGCAGCAGUACUUGACGGCGAACCACGGCAAUCCCCAAGAGGGCUACGAGUCAGGGACGCCGUCAUCCAUGACAUUUGACAUGAUCACGCUGCCAAGUGGAAGGCGGAGAAAGUUCGUGCCCGGGAAGCUCACUGCUACAGAUUUCGGAAUAUGCACCGAGCCUUGGGCCCUCAGCGGCAUCGCUGCAUGGAUUCGCGAGAUGGCUGAUGGGGAGCCUGAUCUCAAGCAGAAAACGGUUGAAGAAGCUCUUGUCGCCCUGUUCACUGUCAAGGUGCCGACCAUUAACGUGGCCGACGCCGAGGUGCUGUCAACAACAGUCGUGGAAUUGCUGCUGGAGGCGCAAAUCCUGAUCCCCGAGGAAGAAUGGGUCAAAUUUGGGCCAGGUACCGUUUCUGGCGUGUUAUGGCAACUGACUGGGUCUGGCUGUUACGCCUCAAAGCUUCACGAGAACGAGGCGCCCGGUCGCUGUUACUCCUAUCACUGCAUGAGGACGCUGAAGAAGGCGAAUCUCGACGACCUCAUGCUGGAUGAAACGAAGGUUGAGGGGUGGGCCGAAUUCUUCAAGGUCACCAAAGAAAUGGUCGAGGGUAAGCCGAAGAAGGAGGUUGAGCGACAAAACGUACUGCACGAGAUUGUCACCAGCGAGGAAACCUACAUGAACCAACUAGAGGUCUUGCGGGUUCUCUACAGGGAUCAGAUCCAGCACGCGCCGAGCCCCAUCAUUGCGCCCAAUCGCGUCGAUAAGUUCGUUGCUGUGGUCUUUGGUAAGGUUGACGCUGUGCUCGACGCCAACAAGGAGAACCUGCUGGCGCAGCUCAAAUACCGGCAGCAAGAGCAGGGCCCUUGGAUCGUGGGCUUCAGCGACCUGUUCCGCGAGUGGAUCCGCAAAGCUCGCGACGUCUACAUCGACUACGCCUCUCAGUAUCCGCAUGCUUCAUACCUUGUGCGCAGGGAAAAGGAUCGCAACAUCAUCUUUGCCAAGUUUCUGGACGAAGUGCGCGGCCACAAACGCUCAACCAGGCUAGACUGGACUCAUUUCCUCAAGACACCCAUCACGCGGUUGCAACGUUACACGUUCUUGCUACAAACCGUUGAAAAGAACAUGCUUGUCGACAGCGAGGAGAAGGCAAACCUAGCGAAAGCCAUUUCGGAAAUCCACAAUGUCACGCUCGAAUGUGACCAGAAGGUGGCAGAGAUGCAGAAGAAGGUUGAGAUGAUGGAGCUGAACGCAAUGCUGGUAUUGCGCCCAGGUUUCCAUUCCGUCUUGAACCUCGACCACCUCGGCCGUGAGCUCAUCUUGCAGGGCGAACUGACAAGAAUGGGACACAAGGGUGUGCGAUGGGUGGACACGCAUGCGCUCCUGUUCGACCACUACUUGAUUCUGGCCAAGCCGGUCAGUUCUCGUGACGGUAGAGGGGGUAAGAAGUUUGACGUGUCAAAGGAGCCCAUACCGAUGCCGCUGCUCUUCCUCGACAGCAUGAAUGAUGACCCGAUAUCGAAGCAAAAGGGUAUCGCACCUUUGGCGCGAGGGACGGGCGGGUCGACCCCGGACAACCGGCUUGGUAAGAUCACGAGUAACGGCGGUGACCGCCCAACCCUAGAACACGCAGCCACAAGCUCGUCGAUUGGUUCUGUAAGCGUGAGCAGGUUAACACCCACCAUGUCGAACGACUCGAAAGACAAGAUCUUGUAUCCGUUCAAGAUCAAGCAUCUUGGUCACGAAACCUACACCCUCUUUGCCACGACGCCGGACAAGCGGGCGGACUGGGUGCAGAAGAUCAUUGAGGCCAAGACACGGCAUGCCAAGGCGCUGUUCUCGCAAAACGCGGAACCUUUCCGAUUACGAGUGCUGGCGGACAGCUCGUUCGCAUAUGACUCAGUGUCGGCCAAUGGCAAGACUGCCGGCGUGCCGGUACGGGGCACGCCGUUGGAUCGGGCGAUUCGUGAGCUCGAGCAGGUAUACGGGCCUGGCCGCGCGGCUCCGGUGUGCCGAGCGCAGGUCAACUGCGCCACCGGCUUCACAGCCUACGGUAAAUCAAUCAUUGCAAUCGGAACAGAUUACGGCGUGUACAUAUCCGAUACGACGGAUCCCCGAGGCUGGACAAGGACUGUUCAGGUCAACCGGGUGACCCAGAUUACGGUGUUGGAGGAGUUCUCGGUCUGCCUGAUCAUCGCAGACCGGUCGCUCAUCUCGUACCCGCUGGAUGUUGUGGCACCCGUGUCAAACUUCCCAGCGCCUGUGCACGAUAACCCCCGGCGGCGCCGCAGCGGCUGGGCAAGGACGUGGCAUUCUUCGCCAGCGCACGGAUGA